GCAGCGCGACAGCCCUUCUCCGUGUUUCGUGAGAGCGAGGAUCCCAAAGAGGCGACGGGCGCCUCCCUGAGAGGAUCCACCCGGCGCGGGGCUGAGAAACGUCGGCUCGGGGGCUCGCGGUUUCCCCGGGAAGCUCCUCCGCGUGAGGGGCAGAGGCCCGCAAUGAGGAUAGUUCCUGUUUUCAGGGCACCGGUGCAAUCAGUGCCCAGCAAAGCGCAAGGGGCAGCUGCGUCGGGGCCCGUAGGGAGGAGAAGGAGCAAUUUUGGGAUGAGCUGGGGAGGAAGCGUAUCCCUCCCUUUUGCUGACACCCUGCAUUAGCCCUUUGCCCAGCGCUGGCGCGGGCAGGCCCCUCGUGAGCGCUGGCGGGUUCGUCGAGGGGACCCAUAAUCCCAGUUAAUCCCUCGGUGGGAGCUGUAGGCUGCAGUCCUGAUCUCUGCGUGCUUGCAGGCUGCGAGGCGUCCCUGGGAUGCCUCUCUCCGCUGCCCCAACCCCUGGCGCAGAGGUCACACGCACGGGACCUGCUUUGGACGAAGCACCUUGGCAGCUUCAGAUCCUGAGCUGCUCCAGAAAGCAAAAGGCGUCCGCCGUGCCUGGCACAGGGCCAUGCCCAGCGGUGAUGGCCGAGGUCGACCUCCUGGAUGUGCCCUCCCUGGACAAGGCAGCCGGCGAGGAGUUUCUGCAAGAGGCCUUUGGGGUCAUCCUGGAGGAGGCCGUCAGGAGGGGGACAGAUGUCACCGAGAAGGUCUGCGACUGGAAGGAGCCUGAGGACCUGCGGCACCUGCUGGACCUGGAGCUGCGGGGCCACGGGGAGCCCCAACCGCAGGUGCUACAGCGCUGCCGCGACAUCAUCCGCUACAGUGUGAAGACAUGCCACCCCCGGUUCUUUAACCAGCUGUUCUCCGGGCUGGACUAUCACGCGCUGGCCGGACGGAUGAUCACAGAGACCCUCAACACCAGCCAGUACACAUAUGAGAUCGCGCCCGUCUUUGUGCUCAUGGAGGAGGUGGUGCUGCAGAAGCUGCGGGAGCUCGUGGGCUGGGGCAGCGGAGACGGGAUCUUCUGCCCAGGCGGCUCCAUCUCCAACAUGUAUGCCAUGAACGUGGCCCGGUACCACCGCUUUCCCGAUUGCAAGCGCCGGGGCCUCUGGGCGCUGCCGCGGCUGGCUGUCUUCACGUCGGAGGAGUGCCACUACUCCAUCCAGAAGGGAGCUGCUUUCCUGGGCAUCGGCACAGACAAUGUCUACCUGGUCGGCGCCGAUGAGAGGGGAAAGAUGAUCCCGGCCGAGCUGGAGAAGCAGAUCAGCCAGGCACAGAUCGAGGGCGCUGUGCCCUUCUUUGUCAGUGUCACCUGUGGCACCACUGUCCUGGGGGCCUUUGACCCGCUCAUGGCCGUGGCUGACGUGUGUGAGCGCCACGGGCUCUGGUUUCAUGUGGAUGCUGCAUGGGGUGGAAGCGUCCUGCUGUCCCAAAAGCACCGGCACCUCCUGGACGGGAUUGAGAGGGCAAAUUCGGUGGCCUGGAACCCCCACAAGAUGCUGACGACUGGCUUGCAGUGCUCGGCCUUCCUGCUUCGCGACACAUCUGGCCUGCUGCAUCGAUGCCACAGCGCCGGAGCCACCUACCUCUUCCAGCCUGACAAGUUCUACAACGUGGCCUGGGACACAGGCGACAAGACAGUGCAGUGCGGGCGCAAGGUGGACUGCCUCAAGCUGUGGCUGCUGUGGAAAGCCGUGGGCACCGAGGGGCUGGAGAAGCGUGUGGACCGCGCUUUUGCCUGCACCCGGUACCUGGCGGAGGAAAUAAAGAAGCGGGAGGGUUUCCAGCUGGUGAUGGAGCCUGAAUUCAUCAAUCUGUGCUUCUGGUUCGUGCCACCCAGCCUGCGGGGCAAGCAGGCCCAGGCCAACUACUGGGAGCGUUUGGGGAAGGUGGCCCCAGUCAUCAAGGAGCGGAUGAUGAAGGCGGGCUCCAUGCUGGUGGGUUACCAGCCGCACGGCAGCAAGGCCAAUUUCUUCCGCCAGAUCGUCACCAGCCCCCUGGUCACCAGGCAGGACCUGGACUUCUUCCUGGAUGAGAUUGAGAGGCUGGGCAGGGACCUGUAGGGAACCAAGCUCCCUGCCCUGUCCCCAUCACUCCUCCUCCAUGGGAUGCCCCCAGGACGCUUGUGCCCAUGAUACUUUCUACUCUACCCAUGGGGGCCCAGCUCCAAUGCCAGUCCCAGCGGGGCAGGGGUGCUGGAGCUGCAGGGAGACACCUCGGUCCUUUGCAGAUACAAAGCCUGGUGUUUAUUGAGAAUAAAAAUCCUUUGUAAGUGGG